AAGAAUUUCGUUUGCCUUUUUUACGUUUUCCCUUCACUUCGUCUUCGUCUCGUCUUGUCUUACAUCUGACCCUGUUUGUUGCUGCAGUGUGGCCAUGGUUUUCUCACCAGACUAAACAAAAAGAGAAAGGGGGAACACAGAGCUUCAACAACGCUGUUAUGCAACCAAGCUUUGUUCUGAACAACUGAGCCUGCCCUAGAUUCUUCUUUCAUUUUUCACAUGGAUAAUCUCUCACAUUCUCGUCUCCCCAACAGGGGUUCUACCUCGCUUUCUAAGAAAAUCUGUAAUGGUAGUAAUGGUGGUGGUCCUUUUGUUGCUCAAACUAUCUACGACGACGUUUAUGGCGGUCCUCCUAAGUUUGGAGUCUCUGCUUUGUCUCCUCGUUUUGAAGACUACGGUGAGAUUUUCGGCAGCUUUCACGCGCUACGUGCUUCCUCGAUUCCCAUUCUUGAUCUUCCGGCUGUUAAUGAAUCUGAGGUUUUCUUUGACGCUCGGAGCUCUGCAUUCGACUAUGCGGAGGUUUUUGGCGGGUUUGAUGGUCUGGAUUUUGCGAUUUCUUAUGAUGAAUUGGUUGGACCUUCUAAAGACAUUGAUGAUGGCUCUUCCGACGAAGCUUGGACUCCAGCAGGAACUGAAUCUUUGUCAGACUGUUCGGAUCAUUCUGGAAAUUCUCAUUGUAUGUCAAAUGGAGACUCUAAACAGUCGUUUGAAGAAAGCACUGAGUUUUGCAUAUCAUAUAACAAGGUUGACCGAGAAAGCAAUGGAAAUAUAUCAAAUGGGAAGAUUCACGUUACCCAGUUGGAGAUGCUUCCAGGAUUCUCAUAUCUGGUUGAUGAAGCAAAUCCCUCAUCAAAGGCAACAGAUGAUGAUCCGUCACUGCAGACCAACGAUGAUAACUAUCUCAAUAUAGAUUUUGAUACAGGAAAGGUGAAGGGCAAACAUCCAAGGGACACCAUGCCAUCCCUAGUGGACAGUAAUGGCCCGGGACCAUUAUUUGAGGAUAACCCUAUUUCUCAAAAUGGAUAUGGUAGAGGUGUUUGUCGUUCUCACGAGGAUUUCAUAACUGUAUCUGAAAUAAGCCUUAGAACUGAACCGUCGCAAGUGCCACCACCUGCUCGACCUCCUCCCAAGUUUGCUACCAAAAAGAGGGACUACGCUAGAAGGACUUUGAGUUGUGGGGAAGCUGCUUCUGAAUUAAUUUCGGAUGAUCAUACUCUUCCUUUAUUUGAUGUAGAGGUAGAUGCCAGCUCAUCUGCAGCGGCCUCUGCUGCAGCUAUGAAAGAAGCAAUGGAAAAAGCUCAAGCACAGUUACAAAAUGCAAAAGAUUUGUGGAAGAGAAAGAAGGAAGGGGUCCAUGGAAGAUUGAGACUGGACUUGAAAAAUGAUAUCAGAGAAAAGGAUGGGAAAUUGUCGAAGAUUCCAAACAGAUUUAGGACUUUGGCCAACGAAAGUGAGCUGGGUGCUGGGGAAAUUCAUGGCCAUGAGAUGAAUUUGUCUGCCAGAGAGGAGAGGCAAAAGGAUGGGAGAGCAACUGAAGUUUGUUCAACACACUAUGGAGGAGAGGAACUUUUAACAGAGGCUGAAAAGACCCUACCAAUUAGAAGUGGGAGUAGAUUUUUUGUGUCGGAGAACCAUGAUUGCUGCAACAAAUGGAAAGAUGCCACAGAGUUUUUUGAAUUGGCAAGAGCAGAUAUAUCCAGUAAGGAAUUUGAGUCGGUGAACAAUAAUGCAAUUUCUAGCUUUGUGACUGCACAAAUGGGUGUAGAGAUCAACAAUGCAUGGGAGAAUGAUAAAGAUCAAAACAAGAAAGUAAACGCAGUCCAUACAACUCACGUUCUUAAUGAGGCAGCGAAGAAUUUAGAGAAUAUGGUUCAUGGAAAGGAGGAAGAUAAGAUAAAACUGAAGCCAAAUAAAAACGAAACUAGGCAAAAAGAGCAGGUGAAAUUAAAAAUUCAACAAGGUUUUUAUGAUCUUGAAGCAAAUGAUAUGAAAUUUGGAGUUGCUCAAGGGUUUAUGGAAAUAAAAAAGCAAAUGGGUUGUGCUAAUGAUCUGGAGAAACGUGAAAAGCCUAUGGAAUUUAGACAAUUGGCCAGUGAGCUAAAGGUUGAGCAACCACUUGUUUCACCAAGGGAUAUUGAACAAGAAAAGAAAAAAGUUGUUGAAAGAAAGAAAAAUGGAUAUAGUCUGAAGGAAUCUCAUAUAACAGAAAACAAUGCAAAUAAAAUGGAAGCCACUGAGAAUGAGAAAAGAGCGAUGUUCCCAGAGGCUUCUGAAAGGGAAAAAGUUGAGCAAAAAAUAAGGAUGUUCCUCGAGCGACCAGAAGAUAAGAAAAGACCGAAUUUGGUUCUUGAGGAUGACAACUUUAUGGGACAGAUGGCUCGUGAAAGACAACUGGAAGGAGUUUGUGACAUGGAAGAUCAUGGGGAAAAGGAAAAAGAGGCUGCCAAAGUUGGAGUAAGUGAGAGACCUGAGUUAGCUCAUGAGAUAGAAGAUGACAAUAAAUGGGCACAGGAUUUUCAGUACAGAGAAGUAUGUGAAAAAGGAGUUGAUGAUUCAUUUCAGCAUUUGAACAUUGGAGAGAUACCAAGAGAUGUUGGUCGGUGUAAAGUGACUUCGAUGCUGGUUGAAGAUUCACAAAAUAGUACAGAUCUCAACGGUACAAGUUCGGAGCAUGAUGGAUUAAAGAGAUUGGACGACAGACACAAAGUAAAUUCAACAAUAGAAUCUCAAGUGCAUGAUUUGGGGAUAUCUGCUGCUGCACUUCAAAUAAAAGAUGACAAAGACCACUUACCCAUUGAAUUAGCAUGUCCAAGAGGAAUGUCCGAAGAAUUCUCUAUUGUAGAUGAAAGUGGAGAGCGAAAGACUACAGUUAUAGUUAAUGAAAAUCUGGAAUUUAACAAAAAUUCUUGUGUGCCGGGUGUGUGCGAGCCAGAGGUAGAACAUAAUGUUCCAGUUGAAAUGGAAGAUGCAGAUAUACAAAUUUCUUUCGAUGAAUUGAUUAAAAGAGCAGCCAAAGAAACACAAUUUCAAUCCGAAAUUGAGCAUACAAAAUUAGAACCAACUAACUCGGAAGACGGACUUUCAUCUGAAAACUCAACAAGCAUGGACGAGGGAGAGAACAUAGACGAGCUGGAAGAUACGAAAGCAUCUCUUCCUCUGGAUAGAAGUGAUGAGAAGGCAGGCCAGGCAGGUGGUUGCAUUGAAGGGUCCGUAGGGAGAAAGAAGGUUGUUACCGGAAUGGGCUCUUUUCCUGAACAUCCAGAAAGUAACUUGUCCUGUUGUAUGGAAGAUAAAGGGAAGUCCUCUGACCAGGUUGAAGAUAAGGGACAGAAAGUGUCAGUUCAGGGGGUCAAUGUAAGGGCUGAGAAAGGAAGUGGAUUGAAGUCAACGUGGGAAAAUAUUUCAGAAAGGACAUGGAAGAGUGGGGAAUUCUCCUGUGAGGUCAAUGCAAAUCAUGCCCCUGAAAGAAAGGAAAAUAUUGUAAACCAGAGCCAUACAUCUAAAGGAAAAGAGAGUGAGAGAGCAAGGAGUGAAGCAGAAUCUGAGAAUGACAUUCUUCGAAAAUUGGAAGAAGAGAGGGAAAGGGAGAGAGAGAGAGAGAAGGAUAGAAUGCCUAUUGACAGGAUUUCUCUUGAACCACGAGAUAGAGUAGGUGCUGAAGCUCGUGAAAGGGUAGAAAGGGCUGCUCUGGAGAGGAUGACUGCCGAAGCCCGACAAAGAGCAUUGGCUGACGCACGUGAAAGAUUGGAAAAGGCAUGUGCAGAGGCAAGAGAAAAUUCAUUGGCUGGGAAGGCAGCAACUACGGAGGCAAGGGUAAAGGCAGAGCGUGCAGCUGUAGAAAGAGCAACUGCAGAGGCCAGGGAGCGAGCUGCAGAGAAAGCCAAGUCUGACAAGACUUCUUUUGGGGCAAGAGAGAGAAUGGAAAGAUCUGUUUCUGACAAAUUCUCUGCUUCUUCCAGAAAUAACGAAAUGAGACAGAAGUCUUCAUCCUCCAUGGAUGGUGGAUGUCAGGGUCAGCCUAGCCUACAAUCUCAGAGCUUUGGCUCUGCCACUGUUUCAAGAUAUGCCUACUACUCGGCUUAUGAUGAGCGGAAUGAGGGUGUUGAUGGUGAAUCACCUCAAAGGUGUAAAGCCAGAUUAGAGAGGCAUCAAAGAACAGCAGAACGUGCGGCAAAAGCUCUGGCAGAAAAAAAUAUGCGUGAUCUUCUGGCACAAAGAGAGCAAGCUGAGAGAAAUAGAUUAGCUGAGACAUUGGAUGCUGAUGUUAGGAGAUGGUCAAGUGGGAAGGAAGGGAACUUGCGUGCGUUGCUUUCUACAUUGCAAUAUAUCCUUGGACCUGAUAGCGGUUGGCAGCCAAUCCCCUUAACGGAAGUUAUAACUGCCGUUGCUGUAAAGAAAGCUUACAGGAAAGCCACUCUGUGUGUUCAUCCAGACAAAUUGCAACAACGUGGUGCAAGUAUUCAGCAAAAGUAUAUAUGCGAGAAGGUCUUUGAUCUACUAAAGGAAGCUUGGAACAAAUUCAACUCAGAAGAGCGUUAGCCUGAGGUCAUAGUGUAAAGAGAGAUUUAUAAAUCUGCCACUUUUUUGGCUACACCUCGUGUAACUUUAGUAGUGCCGGUAAGUGUAGACCUCAUGCUCAUCAAGCAUGUAUAGUUUUUGACUUCCACUCUUAAAAUCGAAAUGGAAUCACAUUGAAUUAAUUGAAAGGGAAUGAAAUAUAGUCUCUUGUUUGUAUACUGGAACCUUCUUGCUGUGUAAUGUCUGAAAAUGUUGAACGGAAGGAAGCUUCGAGGCAGAAAAAGAAACUGACCAAUAAUUGGUUCAUUUUUUAAGUGAAAGGGGCCAGUAUCUUUGCUCAAAUGCACAUUUAAAAAUGUGGAAUUGAAGCACGUGCCCGGCUGUAUCUUGUUGAUUAUAAAAUAACUUAAAGAAAAGUCAAAGAAAGUGGUAGAUGAGCCCGCCUUCCUAAAGCAUGCACAUAAUUUGUUGUGUGUACAAGAAAGAUUCCAAAAAUCUUAUAAUAAUUAGUUUAAAUCUUUAUUUCUUGAGGGUAGUUGGGAAAAGCAGGAUAAAGUCAAUCUAUUGAAACUAGCAUGUCGAGCUUGCAUAGCAUUUGGCAAGCCAAUCUUGACCAUUUGAAACCCAUAAAUUUACAACCUAUUCUCCACAAAUCUCUCACAACCAACCCUCUUCACUUUGCCUUCUCCAUUAUUGAGCAAGAGCCAUUCCCCUCCUUUUCUCUUGCUAAAACUUGCUUGUGCUCUUAACUUUACUUGUUAACAAUGUUGAGAGCUUUGAGUACCAGGAGAUGUCCUCACAGGUAUGAGUUCUUCGCGGAGGAUCCUACCCUUAGCUUGUUGGAAGGAAGGCUGAAGAGGGCAACCAGUUUGCCAACCAUAGUACUUGGUUCUGGAUCGAGGAAACCGGCCUUUGACAUUACAUUUCCCGAGUUUGCUCAAGCAAAACAGAAGCAGUCAAAGAAAGCUAACAAAGGAGGACACCCUAUUUUCAGCUUCUUUGAUUUUCGCCGAAAGAGAAAGUCGACAGCCAGGCCUGAAUUUGCAAGGUAUCUAGAGUAUUUGAAGGAAGGAGGACUAUGGGAUUUGAAAGCAAAUGCUCCUGUAAUCUACUUUAAAUGAUUUAAUUCAUAUUUGUUUCUUCUUCUUCUUCCACUAUAUACAUGCCAAUAGAAAUAUAUUUGGUUUUAAGUUGUAAAAGGAAGAUUGAAAUUAUCAACAAUUUUCUUUUUGAAUAUAUUACAAAGCUUUGAGGUCAAAGAUUGAGCUGCCUCUGAUCUUACCCUUAUAAAUAAAAAUGAUUUGUUUAUUCA